AUGCUACCGUCUUCCACUCUCCUAUCACUCGCCGGACCCGCCGGACCGGCCUCCUUUCCCGGCCAAAUGGGUCAUCCCCAAACCAACUCCUCUCCCAAACCCACAAAGAUUUUCCGCAAAAAGGUGCUUCCUUUACAACGGUACAGCAUCAAUGGUUUGAAUUUGAAGAGACGCAACUCAAUUUUGACCUUUGCAUUCGGCAAAGAAGCCAAAGAUAAUUUCUUCUCGGAUGUAGGUGAAGAUACCGAUGAUAUGUAUGAUGAAUUAUUGAAUAAUUAUGGAAAAGUAGUAUAUAAGAAAACAGAUCAAAAGCCUGCGAGUGAAGAGAUCGACGAUGACUCCGAAAGCCUAUCAUUUGCUGUGGAAAUGGCCACGGUUGCGAGUGAGGUUAAAGCGGGGGAUAUAAAGGUCUUGUUUGUGAAGCCGCUUGUUUACUGGACUCGAUUUUUUAUCAUAGCUACAGCAUUUUCUCGUCCCCAAAUUGAUGCUAUCGGGUCUAGAAUUAGAGAUCGAGCUGAAAAGAAAUAUGGUAAAAUUCCAAAUGGAGACUCGAAACCUAACUCAUGGACCCUGUUGGACUUUGGUGAUGUUGUUGUCCAUCUAUUUCUUCCUCCACAAAGAGCUUUCUAUAACUUGGAAGAGUUUUAUGCUAACGCAACAGCAGUAGAGCUGCCUUUCGAAAACCAAUCACCAUUUCCGAGCGAGAGAGGAGCCUUUGAUUUGUUAGAUGAUGAUGCAGAAAGUUGA